GAAACACCGAAGAGGAGAGAAAAUCGGUGCAGGCGUUCUAGAAAAGUUUCUGCGCAGUCAGUAAAUUUCAUCGAUUCUCAUUUUGUCGGUAUUUCUCCGACAUCAAGAAAUUUUCUGAAAAAUUUCUCCCUCUCCUGAUAAACGGGCAUAAUGAAUUUACCCUCAAUCUUUUUUCAUCAAUACUCAUCACUGGAGCUGACGUCAUUUGAAAUUAUUGAGCGGGGUUUCACUGGUUGGUUUAACGGUGUCACAUGACCUUGGCUGCGCCGUUGGUUGUUAUUAGUGAAGGAGAGGCGAAGAGGACACGUGGUAGCUGUGUUUAAAUCAAUGUCGGCUAGGAGCAUUUAAACUCUGACCGUCGAUAAGCUACAAAACGAUUUCUUUUUAUCAAUCAUUUUUUUGUUUAUCUUACAAUUCUCAAUAGAACGUCAAAUACUUUUUGGAUUCAAGGCUACUUUAUCUGCUAUAAAAGCCGAACCUUACCUCCCGUCUUUGCUUUUUUGAUCACAGAACCAGUGUUAGUUUUCAACUGUUUGCAUUCCUUGGUUAUUACUGGAAUCAUGGUUAACUUGGGUGAUACAUUCCCUGACUUCACUGCCGACACAACUAUCGGAAAAAUUCGUUUUCACGACUUUAUCAAGAACUCAUGGUCUAUUUUAUUUGCUCAUCCAGCAGAUUUUACUCCUGUCUGCACCAGUGAAUUGGGGCGUGUAGCUAAAUUAGCUCCAGAAUUUGAAAAACGAGGAGUUAAACUUCUAGCCCUGUCCUGUGAUGAUGUCUUGAGCCAUGAGCAAUGGAUUGAAGACAUCAAAUCUUUCGCUUGCCUAGAAACAACCAAAGGUUUUCCAUUUCCAAUCAUAGCUGAUGAAAAAAGAGAAUUGGCUGUAAAAUUGCAAAUGAUUGAUCCUGAAGAGAAAGACAAAGAUGGACUACCACUCACCUGCAGAGCAGUUUUUGUCAUUGGUCCCGACAAGAAAUUGAAACUCUCUAUGUUGUACCCAGCAAGCACUGGCCGUAACUUUGAUGAAAUUUUAAGAGUUGUUGAUGCUCUGCAACUUACUGACAAGAAACAUGUUGCAACUCCAUCUGACUGGAAGCAAGGGGGAGAGCUCAUGGUUUUACCUGAUGUCAAAGACGAAGAUAUUCCAAAAUUAUUCCCCUUGGGUGUCAGAUACAGACAAGUGCCUUCCGGAAAACAAUACCUGCGUCUUACUCCACAAGACGAUAGAUGGUGAACUAAUCAAUAGGAUACAUUUGUUUAUCAAAGAACUUUUAGGUUAAAACCACAAUCAAAAUAUGAAUCAAAUCUUGAUUGAAGUGCCAUUGUUUCAAAUGAUGGUUGAUUGUGCAUUUCCGGUACAUGAUUAAUGUCAUUUUUCAUACUUUGUCAUUUAAAUAAAAUUAAGUUUUUUGUUUAA